AUGGCGCAACUACGGAGCAUGGGGUCGGGAACCGACGUCCUUUCCAUGUCUGCAAAAUCUACAAGAGCCACUCUCCCGCACGCAGCAGCGCCUCCUUCAUACGUCUCAGUUGCCGAAGCCGAGAAGUUGGUCUAUGCAGAGAUUGAUCGUCUGGUCAAGAUUUCAAACAAUGCGGUCUACAUGCUCAAUGGGUUUCUGGAUCAAAUUCUCUAUGACAUUCUAAACAAGUCGCAGUCGACCGCUUUGGGUGCAGUCCGAGCUGCAAUCCCGCUUGUUUUGAAACAGAGAUUGGGACGUGCAGCGAUAAAGGCUGCUGACGAGGAAUUACAAGACUAUUUGGAUGAAGAUGAACUGGAAAAUAUCCAAACCCACCCAGCUGUCCUUGAUCCUAGAGCCGAGUUCGACGUCGACCUUGCUUGGAAACUCACCAGGCUGCGCUGUAUGGUUUAUGCUAAACUUGGAGAUAUGGAGGAAGAGGACGAGGAGGAUUACCUGGAAGGCAACGACGUGAGGGACCAUCUGAGUCAAGUCAAAGAGGCCUACAGAUCCUCCGCAAGAAUCUCUCCACCCUCUGCCAUCUUCCUAUCCACUAUCCUUGAGUUCAUCGCCGAGCAAGCCCUGUGCAUCGCGGCGCAGCAUGCGAGGAAACGAACGAUGUACGUCAAAGACACAGCUCGAGAAACGCUUCUCAUGCAGCAUCACCAAGACCCAGAUGCGAUAUUCUUGGAAGAGAUAGAUAUGUCUGGUAUCGGCAAAGAAGGACCUCUGAUCCGACUCUGGCGGUCAUGGAAGGGCAGCGUCCGGACUGGCGGCAGCAUGUCCUCUCGUCCUACAACACCCAACAUUAUGUCGCCUAUAGGGCCCGAGUCUCCCAUGCCGGACUGGAAGUUUCCUUCGGCUCCAGUGAUCCCACCAAUACAGGAAGAAGCAAGUAGAUCCGUUACGCCAGCAAACAUACCUCUACCCAUGACCGAAAAUGACGUUGACGAAAUAGAGGUGCCGGGGUUGGCGCGUACUUUCGAAGAAGUUGAGACCAAUGAGCAACGCCCUGGUCUUGGAGACCGGAGGCCCACGAGCAUGUUAGUUAUGCCAGGCCAAUUCCCAUCUUCAGCAAGUAACGAUGAACAUCGAGAGUGGCCGUCUCCGAGUAGAAGGAGAUCGAGAUCGGUACCUUCUCCGACCAAAACUUCUUCCGGUGCACAUUUGGCGACUCAAUCAGAACUCUCUCCCUCUUUGCCUGUUCAUGGAUCUAGGGGCGAAACGGGAGCCACGGAGGACGUAAGGGACGAGGAAGUUCCACGCCCUCAAGAGGAAGACAGAUCUGCUCUGCGUUCAAAUGCGAUCGGCGCCACUGUUGCUACCAUCGCUGGCGCACUGAACGUAGAAGCAGCAAAAGCUUUCCGGAGAGAACGACCGAGCCUCGAGUUGACCUCACCAGUCUCCCAGGAAGGUGGAGAGCAACGACUGUCAAAUAAUACAGCGGAUGGUUUCGAACGGACACAAAUCGCAGUGCCAGCGCCAGCCACUAGCAUGGACGUUGCGGAGGCGGAAUCUCACGAAGGUGCAGUCGAUCCUGGAGACCUGGCUCUGAGCUCCAGCGAUGGAGAAGGAGGCGAUGUCGGAAAUGAUCACAUGAACCUCAGAGAUUCUGGAUUCAGCGUUGCUGGCCCCAUGGACGAUAUUCCUGAGGAUGAGCAAGAGGCUGCCACUGACGAAACGGAACCACAGAUCGCAAAUCACGACGAUUAUGAACAGGCCGAGGGGGAAGGCGGAGCUGCUGGUCGCAGCUCGAGGUAUUCGAAUCUGGGAUAUGCGACGAUCUUCCAAACGCCAGAUACAAGUUCAGGCUAUAGCAAUCCAAAUUCUACCCGCUCAUUUGUGCAAGGAAUGGCUCGCUCCAACGAGGCCGGUGCUAAUUCAAAUAACACGACACCAAGCACAACAUCUGCAUGGCCAGCAGUAAUUCCGAACAGAAGAUCCUCGUUGGACCGUCAGAAGCCUGAAAAUUCGCAGAGUGAAAUGCGGGUUCCUCCGCACAUACCAUCCUACCACACAUCGGAACAGCUGGAGGCGGCAGAGAAUCCACAAGAGUUCCUCCCGCGCUACGGGACCUCAGCCCUGGCUACGCAGAAUAAUCGGCCCAUAAGCGGAAGUGCGAAGGACGGAAGGCCAUCAACAUCAGGUUCUGGGACAGGCCGACGGCAACACAUUCGGCUUCGUUCAGACAACGAGGAAGCAUGGCCGCGGGAGGACCUGGACAGGGCGAAAAAGAGUCUCGACCUUUUGAUUGACAGCAACGAGACGCUCCAUUACACUCUGACACCUGCGUCUGCCAAUGUGGUAUGCAAGUAUUCGUCUUUUAUUUUGCAAAGCGCUGAUAUCAAUCUUUUACAGGGAGGAAAGAUAAAGGUGAAAAGCCAGACUCAGGAACUGGCAGAUUUCUUCAGGACGACUGCACCUCCGGGAGAAGAAGUCCGUCCGAAGUCGUCUCGUUCUGCGAAAGACGGUCUCCGAGCAAACCCACCUCCCACCCCAGCGGCUGGGCAGCAAUCUACUUCCUCACCUUCUAAACCUAAGAAUCGUCUUGGUGAACCACGUGAGGCUCGGAUGGUGCGAAACAAUACCCGAGAUCUCGCUGAUUAUGCACGCUCUACCGGGCCGGAAAAUGAGGCACAGCUUCCAAAAUUGCUUAGUGCGCGACCUGCUACUGCGCAAGGCGCCAGGACGGAGUUGUCUCUCAGGGAGAGGGUCUUUGGAGUGGACGGUGAGAACCGUCCCAACACAACAUCUGGCAAGCCCUCGCGGUUGAAGUACCAGGCCAGAGAUGCUAGGGGCCCUCGAACGGCUGAAAGUUCAGACUUGAUUGAUUUCAUCAGGGAAGGCCCUCCACGAGCCCCCGGAGAGCAUCGGAUAGACCGGCAUGUGGCACCGUUUCGAACAACAAUGGAUUCUGACGAUUUGAAUGCGCUGGCGCCUCCGCCUGAGCUCGACACCAAGGGACGUAACUCUGAUGGCAGCGCUCAAGAGAGUGCAGUGACGGUCAAGUCAAUGCCUUCAUCAAUGAACUCACGCACUGGAUUACUGGAAUCAACGAACCGUGCCGCCGGAAAAUUCACGAAUGGGUUUGGAACCUCUGCAACAGCGAUAUCAAAACAGCCCGUCAUUCCGGAAACAGAUGGCAUGCCAAAGAGAACUCGGCCGAAAAUCCGAGAUCCCUACGCGAUCGAUUACUCUGAUGAGGAGGAAGAAGAAAUGGAGGAGGAGCACGAGCCGCCGAAGCGAAGAACCGACGAAGAAUCGCUUGUCGAUUUUCUGAGGAACACCGCACCUCCUCCUGGCAUGACGACUCAACCAAUUCUUGCUGCAAUUCCCAAUCCUACUCAGCCAGAUCCUGCAAGCAUGGUGAGACAAUCGACAAGCAGCUCCAAGCUGAAAGAUUUGCUCCCUGGUGGCUCAGCUGCAGCAGCCAGAAAUAAUCCACAAGCAAGCGGAAAUAUUGCAACGCCCAAUACAAGGCCAGUCAAUAUUGCACGUGCAGAAUCUCCUCAUUUAACACAAGUAGGUUCGCGAAUGGACAAAUACAGACCUACGACAACUACACAUGCGCCGCAUGUAGAACGGAACAGACAGAAGAUGCGCGUUCAACCGAGAGAUGCUACCACGACCUCCAAUGGUGGUGGUACUGCAGACUUAGCUGCCUACCUGAUGAGCUCGGGACCACCGCCGGGUGUGAUCGAAAAGCCCCCACAGAAGAAUGGAGGUGCGGUGCAGAAGGAUCAGGCAGGGUUUCUGAAAUUUUUCCAGAGAAGGGGAAGUGUGAGAAAGUGA